GUUUAUUACAUGUUGACUUUCCCCUAGGAAGCUGCGCAAGCUUUGAUUUAUGCUGAAAUGGCAGGCUCAAACUUGGAAAAUAUUCAAGAGAAGAUAAAUGAAUACUUGGAGAGAGUUCAAGCUCUGUAUUCAGCAGUUCAGUCUCAGAACACUGAUCCUUUGAAGUCAAAACAGCAAUUGGACCUGGAGCGUGCCCAUUUCCUGGUUACACAGGCUUUUGAUGAAGAUGAUAAAGGCAAUGCAGAAGAAGCUAUAGAACUGUACACAGAAGCAGUGGAUCUCUGUUUGAAAACAGCUAAUGAAACUUCAGAUGCAGUCCUUCAAUCAAAACUCAGACAGCUGGCUCGAAAAGCACUGGAUAGAGCAGAGGCACUGAAAGAAUCUAAGUCAAAGUCAUCUCAGAAAGACAAACAAACUGCAGCUAAACCAAAUCAGCCAGUCAGAAUGUUCUUCCCAUUGGGUCCUGAUUUUUCCUUGAAUGAUAAACCACAGACAGUCAAAGCAGUGCAAGCCAGUGAAUCUCAUGGUCAGAGAUAUACUGCAGAAGAGAUUGAAGUGCUCAGAAAGACAUCAAAGAUAAAUGGCAUUGAGUAUGUCCCAUUCAUGAGCGUUGACCUGCGGGAGCGUUUUGCCUUUCCAGUGCCAUUUUCAGAUAAAUGUGGCAAGUUACCAUUGUCACCCAAACAAAAGGAAAUAUUUGCCAAGUGGGUGCGGCCAGAUGACCUAACAAAUAACCCUACAAUGAUUUAUACUGUGUCAAGUUUCAGCAUAAAGCAGACAAUAGUAUCGGAUUGUUCUUUCGUGGCAUCGCUAGCUAUCAGCGCAGCUUAUGAGAGACGAUUCAACAAAAAGUUGAUUACAAGCAUAAUUCAUCCUCAGAAUAAAAAAGGUGAACCAGAGUAUAAUCCAUGUGGAAAGUACAUGGUAAAACUUCAUAUCAAUGGUGUCCCUAGAAAAGUGAUAAUAGACGACCAGUUACCUGUAGAUCACAAAGGAGAGCUCCUCUGCUCUUAUUCCAACAAUAAAAGUGAAUUGUGGGUGUCUUUGAUAGAAAAAGCUUACAUGAAGGUCAUGGGUGGAUAUGAUUUUCCUGGAUCAAAUUCUAACAUUGACCUCCAUGCAUUGACUGGCUGGAUACCUGAAAGGAUUGCUAUGCACUCAGACAAUCAGUCUUUCAACAAAGAUAGUUCUUUCCGAAUGCUCUAUCAGAGAUUUCACAAAGGUGAUGUCCUUAUCACAACGGCAACUGGAGUGAUGUCUGAGGAGGAGGGAGAAAAACGGGGUUUAGUUCCAACCCAUGCAUAUGCUGUUUUGGAUAUUAGAGAACACAAGGGGCUUCGAUUCCUCCAAUUGAAAAAUCCUUGGAGUCAUUUACGUUGGAAAGGAAGAUACAGUGAAAAUGAUGUGAAAAAUUGGACCCCAGAACUACAAAAAUACUUAAACUUUGAUCCCCGAACAGCUCAAAAAAUAGACAAUGGGAUUUUCUGGAUUGCCUGGGAGGAUCUUUGCAAGUAUUAUGAUGUAAUUUAUUUGAGCUGGAACCCAAGUCUUUUUAAAGAAUCAACAUGUUUUCACAGUACUUGGGAUGCAAAACAAGGCCCAAUGAAAGAUGCUUACAGCCUGGCUAAUAAUCCACAGUACAAACUGGAAGUACAAUGUCCACAAGGUGGAGCUGCUGUCUGGGUUCUGCUUAGCAGACAUAUUACAGACAAGGAUGACUUUGCACAUAAUCGAGAAUUCAUCACAAUGGUUGUGUACAAGACUGAUGGGAAAAAAGUUUACUAUCCAACUGAUCCUGCACCAUAUAUUGAUGGGAUUCGGAUCAACAGUCCCCACUAUCUGACAAAGAUAGCACUGACGUCUCCAGGGUCCCAUACGUUUACACUGGUGGUAUCCCAGUAUGAGAAACAGAACACAAUCCACUAUACUCUCAGGGUAUAUUCAGUAUGCAAGUUUACCUUUUCCAAGAUCCCUACUCCAUACACCAUCUCCAAAAGGGUUAAUGGGCAGUGGAAAGGUCAUAGUGCUGGAGGCUGUGGAAAUUUCAGAGAUUCCUACAAAAACAACCCCAUUUACCAAUUUCAGCUGGAGAAGACUGGGCCAUUACUAAUUGAACUAAGAGGACCAAGGCAGUACAGUGUGGGAUUUGACCUAGUCACGGUAUCUACAGUAGGAGAUCCUGGUACAUCUGGCUUUCAGAAGAAAAGCAGUGGUGACUACAGAUGUGGAUUUUGCUACAUGGAAGUGGAGAUCAUACCUGCUGGAGUUUACAAUAUUAUUCCCAGCACCUUCCUGCCGCAGCAAGAAGGUCCUUUCUUCUUGGACUUUAAUAGCGUUAAUCUGCUUAAAAUAUCACAACUGCAAUGAGGUGGCAAAAGUUGUUUUUUCCUGAAAACGGGAAAAUAUCCCCUUCCCAAACCAUUGAUGUGAUAUGCAUAGAACUAAAAAUGUAAUAGCCCAGGGCUUGGGCUGUCAAUUACUACAUCAAGCUCACUGCAUUAGCCACUUUCAGAGUUUACUCAUGCUUUUUGCUGUGCAGCCAUUAAGGCAAGGGCAUGCUUCAGAAGUUGACUGAAAUGUAAAUCUUUAAUCUUUUAUUCAUGUUAAUGAAUGGCAGGCCUUAGUUUACUACAGUUUGACACCUUUAUUUCCUUGUUUUGAAGUCUGUCCUCCUCCACCACCACCUUCCCAGGUAGCUUAGUUCUAAUAAUCCUCACUUAACUUUUACAGUAAAUGCUUUGCAGAAGAAAAAAGUGUAAUGUUGGUUCAGAUCUAUCAGCAAUAAUUAAGUUAAAAGUCUGGGGCUGCUGAUCAAGAUGUUCAAAAGCAGUUAUUUCUACUACCCAGGGAUUUUUUGGAGUAAGAAAGCCAUGGUGUAAGCAGUAUGCAUUCCUGUAUCUGCUUCAGCCAAAAAAAA